CCAUGUUGUCAGGUGAAGGCUUCAAGCGCAGCUUUACGAGGAGCGUACACCCGGUUUAACAUGUGGGAAUACGGUCUGGUCGGCUGCGCCCCGCUGAGUGUUGUCGUUGGGCGGCCGGCAGGCAGCUGCUGCUUCACGCUGUGGAUUGUGGGAGAAGGAACGACCGCACCGCACCGAGCGAGCAAGCCUUCUUACCGGAGACAUUUUAAACGCCCUUGCCUUGUUUUUUAACGAGCUGAACGCCGGUACCGACCUGUUGAGCCAUGUCGAGCCGAGGCGGCAAGAAGAAGCUGACCAAGACGUCCCGGUCCACCAAGGCUGGCGUCAUCUUCCCCGUGGGGCGCAUGCUGCGCUACAUCAAGCGGGGCCUCCCCAAGUACCGUAUCGGGGUGGGUGCGCCCGUUUACUUGGCGGCCGUCCUGGAGUAUUUGACCGCUGAGAUCCUGGAGCUGGCGGGCAAUGCAGCCAGAGAUAACAAAAAGGGUCGCGUCACGCCGCGACACAUCCUGCUGGCCAUCGCCAACGACGAGGAACUCAACCAGCUGUUGAAAGGCGUGACCAUCGCAGCCGGUGGCGUCCUGCCCAACAUCCACCCUGAGCUCUUGGCCAAGAAGAGAGGGGCCAAAGGCAAACUGGAGACGCCCCUCUCACCCGCCCCGGAGAAGAAAGCCAAGCCGGCCAAGAAGACGAUGGCCAAGAAGCUGAGCGGAAAGAAGACGGCCGGGAAGGCCAAGAAACAAGGGGAGGCGAGCAAGACGGCAUCGGCAGACAGCACCACAGAGGGAUCUCCAGCGGACAGCUUCACCGUGCUCUCCACCAAGAGCCUCUUCCUGGGUCAGAAGCUCAACCUCAUCCACAGUGAGGUCAGCAACUUGGCUGGCUUUGACGUGGAGGGGGUCAUCAACCCCACCAACGCUGAACUUGAGCUGAAAAAUGAUCUAGGUUCUGCCCUGGAAAAGAAGGGAGGGAAGGAGUUUGUGGAAGCGGUGCUGGAGCUGAAAAAGAAGAACGGACCCCUGGAUGUGGCUGGCGCCUUGUUGACCGGCGGCUUCGGCCUUCCCGCCAAGUACGUCAUCCAUUGCAACAGCCCGGCCUGGGGCUCGGACAAGUGCGAGGAGAUGCUGGACAAGACGGUGAAGAACUGCCUGGCUCUGGCGGACGAGAAGAAGCUCAAGACGGUGGCCUUCCCGUCCAUCGGGAGCGGAAGGAACGGAUUCCCGAAGCAGACGGCGGCCCAGCUGAUCCUGAAGGCCAUCUCCAGCUACUUUGUGGCCACCAUGUCGUCCACCAUCAAGACCGUCUACUUUGUGCUAUUUGACAGCGAGAGCAUCGGCAUCUACGUGCAGGAAAUGGCCAAACUGGAGGCGAGUUAGAAGACUUUUGCAGACGAUUUUUUUUUUUUUUUUUCUCACUACAAGCUAAAAGGUUUGCCAAUCAUUUGUUUAAUAUGAAAGAAAUGUUUCUAAAGGCCUGGAACUUUUUUUGCAUUAUAUUUUUUCCUAUCUAUGUUUUUAAUUUCCUAAAUGUUAACCUUUUCGGUGUUUAAACGUCAUCGUGCGCUGCUUUUAACAGCGCCACGCUUACGCUAUCGGAGUAGUAUGAAAAGACGGGUUUCAUUUUCUCGACAAGAUUUAAAGACAAGUCAUAUUAAAAAAACAAAAAAACGGGUAACUGCAUGUUAACGGCAGCAUUGGUAGUAAGAAAAUUAUCUUUGUUUUCAUCUCAGUGACGCUCUUGUGUUUGUACGUGUCGCCUUUCUAAGCAAACCCUUCAAAUGACACAAUAACUUUCUUUUUUGUGUUGUGUAUCGUGUAUGCGUUUGUGCCCUGCAGAGACCUUUUUUUUCAAGUGGAAAAAGAUGUGAAGUUGGUAGAAAAACGCAUUCUGGGCCUACCAAUCUCACUGAUUUGGAUCAAAGCAAAAAGACCAAAAGGUUUUAAAGAGGUGUUGAUUUUUGCAGGGCCCUGCUGGUUUGUAGAAGGUGUUUCUAUCGAUGUUUCUAGAUGGAGUAUUUGUGAAGAGUUCUAGUUUGUAACAUAGAUGAUUAUGUUGUGUUUUAAUUUGCACAUCUAAAAAGGCACUGUUUGAUUUGAAAGCCAACAAUGUAUCACAUUGUUCUUUGUGUAUGUUUGUGUGUUUUGUCCCAUUCAUUUAGCGGUAAAGACUAUUAUUACAUCCCUGCUGUGCCAGCCUGUGGCCGCUAGAUGGCGCACUGUGCUCAGGUAUUGGUGUAGUUUUUUUUUUCCUCCCUUUUUUUGAUUUGGAUUUAAGCAAAUGACACCGAACUUUCAACUUUCUUAUUGUUAUUAUGACUAAAAACAAAAAUGCUUUCUAAAGAAUUACUACUUACAAUUGCAGAUUCUACGGUAAAAAAAAAAAAAAAAAAAGUCGACACACUCGGGUAAUAAAA